UCCAUUAUUAUACUGUAUUACCAUUUCAAUUUUACUACGCACAUCAAACAAACAAAACAUUAACAAUGUCUGUGAGAAAUUUUCAAACAUCUUUUCCUAUGUUAAUUACCAACCUCUUUCAUUCUUCUUUUAUACACAUUCAUCACUCUCCCCUUCUUCUUCUCCACUUUCCUCUGAAAAUCCAACCUUUCUUUCAUGAUUCUAAACUGAUAUGGCCACUCCUUUUUCCUCUACUUCCAAUCCCAUAAUAUUACUGUCACUUGUCUUGUUUUGCUUACUCCCCACCUCUUUUUCUCAGCCUUCUCGCUGCAAUGGCGUGCUCAUCACCUACCGUUAUCUAACAGGCAAUCAAAUCCCGCCUAUUCUUUUGCCCGCCGACCCGGUUAACCAGCCUUACCGGUUCGAGUCCACGCUAACGGUUCUCAACAACGGGCGGGACGAGCUCAAGAAUUGGCGGGUUUUUGUGGGGUUCAAGCACGGUGAGCUUCUGGUGUCUGCUAAAAACGCUGUGCUUGCUAACGGUACCUCCCUGCCGGCUAACGUCAGCGGCGGCGCCGUUUUUGCCGGGAGUCCCGCGACUGACCUCAAAACAGCGAUCCAAACUGCCGGAGAUAUUAAUCAGAUGCAGGCCGUGGUGGAGUUGGUGGGUACUCAGUUCGGAGUCGGGGGUCCGGAUGUUCCUUUGCCGGAUACUCUCACUCUCGCUAAUGAUGGGUUCUUGUGCUCGAAUCCUACCACACAAGGGAACGACACAACGGUUUGUUGCAUUCCAGACCAGAAAGCGAAAACAAACAUUACAGCAAUGGGAGAUUUUUCGCCUCUUCAGAGUGGCGAUGUGACGAUUAUGUACGACGUAGUAAUGACAUAUGAAAACAAUUACUGGGCUCAAGUUACAAUCUCGAAUCACAAUCCGUUUGGCCGGCUUGAGAACUGGAAUUUAAGCUGGGAUUGGAUGGGAGGGGAGUUCAUCAAUUCCAUGCGAGGUGCUUAUCCUAAAGUUGUGGAUACAGGCGACUGCAUUUUUGGCAACCAGGGACAGUUCUACAAAGAUCCCUUCGACUUCUCAAAAGCGUUGAGUUGCGACAGAAGACCAACAAUCGUAGACCUUCCUCUUUCUAAGACCAACGACACAAACAUCGGAAUGGUUCCUUUCUGCUGUCGGAACGGGAUCAUCCUACCGCCUGCCAUGGAUUCGACCAAGUCCAAAUCAUCCUUCCAAAUGCAAGUCUAUAAAAUGCCGCCAAACCUCAACAAGACUCAGCUCGCCCCUCCUCAGAACUGGAAAAUCAACAGCACCAUCGGGCCAGACUACCAAUGCGAGCAGCCUAUCCGGGUUAGCCCGACACUCUUCCCGAAUCCCUCCGGGCUGCCCUCCAAUACAGCCGCAAUUGCUAGCUGGCAAGUGGUUUGUAACACAACGAGGAACGAGACAAAGAAGCCCACAUGUUGCGUUUCCUUCUCCUCAUUCUUCAACGAUUCUGUUGUUCCAUGCAACACUUGCGCCUGUGGCUGUGAUAGCAAUCCACUUAACACUAAUAAUAACGUCUGCAGCGCCACCGAACCGGCGCUGCUCCUGCCAGCUGAAGCUCUGUUAGUCCCGUUCGAGAACAGGACUCGACUGGCAAGGACAUUUGCAGACUUGAAGAGGCGUGAGAUCCCGAAUCCAUUGCCCUGUGGGGACAACUGCGGCGUUAGCAUCAACUGGCACUUGCUGUCGGAUUUCAAAGACGGCUGGAGUGCAAGAAUCACGCUGUUCAAUUGGGGUGAUACUGAUAUUGUAGAUUGGUUCGCUUCAGUUGAAUUGGACAGAGUCAUACCUGGAUUUGAAAAAGUUUACUCUAUGGAUGGAAAAGUGCUGCCUGAUUCCAACAACAACACACUCUUCUUACAGGGGUUGCCGGGCUUAAACUAUCUGAUCGCAGAAAGAAACGGAUCCAACCCAAGAAAAGAUCCCCGGGUUCCGGGCUCGCAGCAGUCAGUUAUAUCCUUUACCAAGAAGAAAAUAGCUGCUGGAGUUAAUGUGGCCCGUCGAGAUGGAUUUCCCACGAAGGUUUAUUUUAACGGGGAAGAGUGUUCGAUUCCGACAAUACUUCCGAGCAGCGCACGUAGAAAGGCUGCGGCCUCUGCUGUAUUCAGCACCAUUCUUACAUUGAUACUGCUAAUUCUCGUACUUAUGCAGCAGUAGAUAUGGAAGGAAAGUAACAUUUGUUUGCUUUUCAGAUUCUUCCUUCAUUCUUUCCAGGGGACUCCAUGUAUGUACUUGAGCUUAAUUUUACAUAAUUAAGAGAUUCCAUGAGUGUAAAGAAAUGAAAAUUGGUCAGCUGUUUUCAGAUUUAUUAUAUAUAGAAGGAAAUGAAAGAGGGCCAAAGAUCAUACAA